AUGCUCUGCAAGUGGCACAGUCCUCCGAGUGCGUCACUUUGCUUUCGCUCACAUCCGGACAAAGUGGAUAUCUCACUACUCCUCAAGCCAAAGGAUGAAGAGGAAGCCCGGUCGACCACCUCGGCACCUGCUUCAUCACGUUCUGCAUCAGUGCCUACCCCAGUGGCAGCAUCAACCACGACAGAGUCAACUCCACUAUCAGCAGGCGGCAGUGUACCGACAAAGAGACAACAAGGCAUACAUCCGUCCGAAUCACCCGCCAAAAAGCAAUCCAAAUGGUCCCCAGAAGAAGAUGAAAAGAUCAUUCGACUCAGAGGAGAUGCAAUGAAAUGGGAGGACAUCAGCAAGCAACUGCCAGGAAGGAGUGCUAUCAGUUGUCGUUUGCAUUAUCAGAACUAUCUGGAGAGGAGGAGCGAGUGGGAUGAAGACCGUAAAAACAAGCUCGCAAGGUUGUACGAAAGAUUCAAGCAUCAGAUGUGGGCACCAGUCGCCGAAGAGAUGUCAAUCCCCUGGAGAGCAGCGGAAGCCAUGCACUGGCAACUUGGCGAGCAAGAGAUGGCCAGACGCGCAGGUGUCACCCCGUUUUCAUUGUCCAGCACAAGUAACACAGCAGCCCCAAACCUUCCGAGGUCACACACGCGCUCGUCAAGCGCUGCUCCACGAGCAAGACGAGAAUCAGCGCCACGGGCAUUACAGCCUCACCCACCCCAGCUUCCUUCGGUGGCCGAGUUGACGGCAGGCUUGCCAGCCUACUCCACUCAUCCCCAGCCAUACCAACAGUACAGGACGUCCCCCGAUUAUUUCCACCAACCUGGUGGGCCGCGAAGAUAG